AUGUCGAACUCCGAACAAGGUGCCCCCACCAAUGGUGAUACUGUGGCAGACACGAACGUGCAGGAAUCGGCCGAUUCAGCACCCGUGGACGCCCCGGUCAAGCUUGCUUCAACCACGAAGCCAAUUGACCUCGAGCUUCCCACAUCCGCCGCAGACGGUCUCAUCCAGAAGCCUUUCGCUAAGCCGCUGGACACAGCCAAGCCAAUUGCACCCGCGGAACUUACUCCUGACCAACAAUCCAAGUACGAGGCUGUGUUGAAGUCUGCCUCAUCAUGGACGACAGUCGCCACCAAGGCGGAGAAGAAUGCCCCGACGUCUCCCAUAACUGAGGAUGAGAGGAUGUGGUUGACCCGUGAAUGUCUCCUGCGAUAUCUACGUGCGACCAAGUGGGACGUCUCCGAUGCGGAGACACGGCUCCAGAGCACUCUCACAUGGCGCCGCGAGUAUAACCUGAAGAAGUUGACCCCUGAGUAUAUUUCAAUUGAGAAUGAAACGGGCAAACAGCUCAUUUUGGGCUAUGACAUCAACGCCCGGCCCUGUCUAUAUCUCUUGCCCUCCAACCAGAACACGGAGAGGAGUGAUCGCCAGCUUGAGCAUCUUGUCUUCAUGCUGGAGCGGGCCAUUGAUCUCACGGGACCUGGCCAGGAUACUCUUGCCCUAAUUGUUAACUUCAAAGAGACAAAGUCUGGCCAGAACGCAAGCCUGGCUCAGGCUAAGCAGACGCUCAACUUCCUGCAAAACCACUACCCUGAGAGACUUGGUCGGGCUCUGGUUAUCAACGUGCCUUUCGUUAUCUGGGGAUUCUUCAAAUUGAUUACACCCUUGAUUGACCCGAACACUCGACAGAAGCUCAAGUUCAAUGAGGACAUGCGUCAACACGUCCCGCCUAGCCAGCUUAUGAAGUCUGUGGGUGGCGAUGUCGAAUUCCGCUACGACCAUGCAUCCUACUGGCCCACUUUGAACCAGUUGGCCGAACAGCGACGUGAGGCGUACCGUGAACGCUGGAUUCAGGGUGGCAAGAAGGUUGGCGAGUCCGAAAACUACCUGAAGGGCGGGACCAUUCCCAGCCUGUCUCAGACCCAGCUUGAGGCUAAGGCCAGCGAGCAAGCUUGA